GCAGACUGCAGUAGAAGAGGGAAGGAAGCAGGCGAGAGCAAAGGAGAAAAGGAGCCAGGCUGGGAUUUCUUACCUCACGGUGGAGAUCAACACAGAGCUCAGGUGGGCACAGCUCAUAGACAAAAGACGGCUAUCCUGCCCAGUUUUUGCCUGGUGUCAACACUCCUUUUAAGAAGAACCUCUUAGCUAUCCAAGGCCAGGAGUGCUGACCCUAGCGACUUCUCAGAGGUGACUCUGGCGCCAGCUGGCGGACCAAUGAGUGAUGGCAUCCCUGAUACAAGACCGACUGACCACUGAUCAGGACCUGCUGCAAAUGCAAGAAGGCACACUGAUGCGGAAGGUGAGAUCGAAAAGCUGGAAGAAGCCAAGAUACUUCAGACUUCAGAAUGAUGGCAUGACAGUCUGGCAUGCUCGUCAGGCUAGGGGCAGUGAAAAGCCCACCUUCUCAAUCUCCGAUGUGGAGACAGUGCGUAAAGGUCAUGAUUCUGAGUUGCUGCGCAGCCUGGCAGAUGAGUUCCCCCUGGAGCAGGGCUUCACCAUUGUCUUCCAUGGCCGCCGUCCCAACCUGGAUCUGAUUGCCAACAGUGUUGAGGAGGCCCAGAACUGGAUGCGAGGACUCCAGCUUUUGGUGGACCUUGUUACCAGCAUGGACCAAAAGGAGCGGCUGGACCAAUGGUUGAGUGAUUUGUUCCAGCGUGGAGACAAAAACCAAGAUGGUCGGAUGACUUUCGAAGAAGUUCGGCGGUUAUUGCGUCUGAUGAAUGUGGAAAUGGACCAAGAAUAUGCCUUUGGUCUUUUUCAGGAAGCAGACAUGUCCAAUUCUGGGACUCUAGAAGGAGAAGAAUUUGUAUAUUUCUAUCAGGCAUUGACAAAACGCACUGAGGUGCAUGAAAUGUUUGAACAAUUUUCUGAUGAUGGGCAGAAACUGACCCUGCUGGAAUUUGUGGAUUUCCUUCGAGAGGAGCAGAAAGAAAGAGAGCGAGCCUCUGACCUUGCUCUGGAACUCAUUGACCGCUAUGAGCCUUCAGAAAGUGGCAAACUGCGGCAUGUGCUGAGCUUGGAUGGCUUCCUCAGCUACCUCUGCUCAAAGGAUGGAGACAUCUUCAACCCGGCCUGCCUUCCCAUCUACCAGGAUAUGACUCAACCUCUGACCCACUACUUCAUUAACUCCUCUCACAAUACUUAUCUCGUUGGGGACCAACUUUGUGGCCAGAGCAGCGUCGAGGGAUAUAUACGGGCCCUGAAACGUGGGUGCCGCUGUGUGGAGGUAGAUGUAUGGGAUGGACCUAACGGGGAACCCAUUGUUUAUCACGGACACACCCUGACUUCCCGAAUCCUGUUCAAAGAUGUUGUGGCCACAGUUAAACAAUAUGCCUUCCAGGCAUCAGAAUAUCCACUCAUCUUGUCCCUGGAGAACCACUGCACCUGGGAGCAGCAGCUGACCAUGGUACGCCAUCUGACUGAGAUCCUGGACGAUCAGCUGCUGAGUUCCACCUUGGAUGGGCUGCUACCUACUCAGCUUCCCUCACCUGAGCAGCUUAAAGGGAAGAUCUUAGUGAAGGGGAAGAAGUUAGGAACACUUGAGGAUGAUCUUGAAGAUGAGGAAGAAGUGACAGAACCCCAGCUGGAGAGACAGCAGGGGUCAGAACUGCCAUUGGAGUCCCCCUCUAAGCCUGUGACACUGGAGCUGAGCCGCCUGAAUAAGGACAAAAAGAAGGUUGUGAUGUGCCCGCUGUUUUGUCCGCCUAUCUGUUGUCACAUUGUGGCCCAGGCUUCUAAUAUCAAUCUUGGGUCCCUUCUCUUGCUUGAGCAGAAAUCCAGGUCCGUCUUGUGUCCAGCCCUCUCUGACCUGGUUGUCUACCUGAAGUCUGUCUCAUUCCGCAGCUUCACCCAUUCAAAGGAGAACUACCACUUCUAUGAGAUAUCGUCCUUCUCUGAAACCAAGGCCAAAAGCCUUGUCAAGGAGGCUGGCAAUGAGUUUGUGCAGCACAAUGCCUGGCAGUUAAGCCGUGUGUAUCCCAGUGGUCUGAGGACAGACUCAUCCAACUACAACCCCCAGGAACUCUGGAAUGUAGGCUGCCAAAUGGUGGCUAUGAAUAUGCAGACUGCAGGGCUUGAAAUGGACAUCUGUGAUGGGCUCUUCCGCCAGAAUAGUGGCUGUGGCUAUGUGCUGAAGCCAGAUUUCCUGCGUGAUAUCCAGAGUUCCUUCAACCCGGAGAAACCCCUCAGUCCUUUCAAGGCCCAGACUCUUUUGGUCCAGGUUAUCAGUGGUCAGCAACUCCCCAAAGUGAACAACACCAAAGAGAGGUCCAUUGUGGACCCACUGGUGAGAGUGGAGAUCUAUGGCAUCCGUCCAGACACAACCUGCCAGGAGACCAACUAUGUGGAGAACAAUGGUUUUAAUCCCUACUGGGGUCAGACACUGUGCUUCCGGGUGCUGGUACCUGAACUUGCUAUGCUGCGUUUUGUGGUUCAGGAUUAUGACUGGAAAUCCCGAAAUGACUUUAUUGGUCAAUAUACCUUGCCAUGGACUUGCAUGAAACAAGGUGAGACAGUCCUUGGCUCCUUGGCCAACACCCUGGCUCUGGCUGCCUCCCUAAUGUUGUUGUCCUGCCCCUUUCCAGGUUACCGCCACAUACACCUGCUCUCUAAAGAUGGCAUCAGCAUCCACCCAGCUUCCAUCUUUGUGUACAUCUGCAUCCGGGAAAUGGAAGAGCCUCAACCUGGGGAGUCUGAAUUCUGAGGCAGGGCACUGAUGGAUCCUGGCUUCAUUCAUACCUGGUGGCAGCUCCUGGGAUGGAAGGCCCUGAACAGCAGAAAGUUCUCCCUGUGUCACAGCUCCAUGGCUCCGCUGAUGCUGCCGGAAGAGUUUGAUGUUGGAGCCUAUGAAGCUGCAAUGGUUGCAGUGGAAAGGGUAAUGGGUCUGCCGGUGCAGUUCCAUGCCCUGAUGGCUCCCAAAAAGUAGGGAGCAGCCUCGGAAAGAACAUGGCACAGGGACUGCUCUGUGGUUCUGCCUCAGGUGGUGCUGCAGACCUUUGCGAUCUUCAGCAGAGAACACACAGCCAGACUCUGGGCAGGAGAAGGUGUCAGGAGUGGCCCGGUGAAUCUUGAAGUGGUUCUUCAGGGCCUGUGGUUGGGCAAACUCCUGUCUACAUACAGGACAUGAUAGGGGGCUAUCUGUCAGGCUUUGGCCCUGCAGAGGGCCAUGGAGGGUGAGGUUGUUGGAGGGCAGUUCUACAGAGCCUGGGGGGCUAGACAGGCCCUGCACAGACUGUAUGUGGGUCUCACUGCACUGGUGUAGGGACAGCAGAGUGGGCUCUGCGAAGCUCUGUUCACAGCGCUCACAGAAGUACACCUCCACCACCUUUACCAGGACACCUGCAGGCAGAGGACCGACAGAGAAAGGAAUAGAAUCAGAUCGAACAAGACUCAUAGGAGUUGGUUACUAAUAUAAACGUAGGCGAAUCUGUUCAUAUUCACUGAAUGCAUAUGGACUUCAAGACUGGCUCUGCAGACUAUAAGCCCAUAGAUCAGGGUUAGUCUAUCUGGUACAUGUGUUUGUAUUCCUAGUAGCUAACAUAAUAACUGGCACAAGAUGGGUGCUUAAUAACUGUGUUCAAUGAAUGAACAAACAUCAAUGUAAUCUAGGAAGCAUUAAGGCAAUAAUAGAUUAAAAACUUCCAAAAGAGAACAAUGACAACUAGAGAGAUGUAUCUGCAAUAUUAUGCAAUAUAAAAAUAUCUGUAUGGGCUGGGGAUGUGGCUCAAGCAGUAGCACGCUUGCCUGGCAUGCGUGCGGCCCGAGUUCGAUCCCCAGCACCACAUACAAAACAAAGAUGUUGUGUCUGCCGAUAACUAAAAAAUAAAUAUUAAAAAAAAAUCUGUAAUAAAUGACAUAUAUAUGCAGUAUCAAAUAUCUGUAAUAAAUGAUACAGGACUGUCCUACA